AAAAGUUCUAGGCUUCGUUGUUUCUUUCCCAUAAGACGGUAUACUCAGCGCAUUCUUAUAUUUAUCAAGGUAUUUUUUUGCCCUGAUAGAUUUGAUGCAAUUUCGCAUACUUACGUUUAUCUUUUAGUUUUCACAUUUUUACAAUUUACAAUUACUCCAGUUAUUGACAUAUUGUGCAAUAUUUUCCAGCCUAUUGGGUAUCUACUGGCGCAUAACUCCUUAAACAGCAAGACACAAAUGAACUUUAUUAUCGAUAGCGUUCGUGCUGUGCGUAGGUGUGGAUUGUAUCCAGUUGUGGUAAAGAUGGAUCAAUGCAGCACAAACACAAAAAUGGCACGUGAAGCAGGCGCCACACCAGACAACCCUGUUAUAAACAUUGACGAUGAAGAAAUAGCAUUGAUGUACGAUUCACCACAUCUAACCAAAAGUGCGAGAAAUUCCAUCUUUAAAUAUAAUGCAUCAUUCAAUGGUGCUAUAGCAUCGUACAGUCACAUAGUAAAACUGUACGAAGUAGAUGUAGCAUCACCUCUGAGAUUAGCUCCAAAGCUUGUACAGAAAUGCAUUGACCUACCACCAUUUGCUGCGAUGAACGUGCCUUUGGCAGUCAGAACUCUUAGCGAAUCAUGUUCGAUUGCCAUGCGGUACUACGUUAAUACCGGUGAGCUACCAGUCGAAGCAUUAGCAACAGCAAAUUUUAUUGAGCUGCACGAUAAGUUGUUCGACGUCUUCAAUUCUAAGGAAAAAUAUUCGUCAUCUGUUGGAAAGGUAAACUAUGUUUAUAUAUUUUACAUGUUUUUGCUUAUCCAAUAUCAUGAUUUUAUAUUCAAGCCAUAUCGCACCCCCAUCACAAGCAACUCAUUUCAUAUCGAAUUCCUGAAUCAUAUGCUAAAAGUUCUGCAAAAAAUGUUUUACACAACCAACAACUGCAUCGAACAUAAAAAGGCCAAGAAAGAAUCGCUAAAUUUAAGGGCAAUGCAACGGCGGCCUCCCUAUAUAAAAGGAUUCAUUGGAAAUAUUGAAGCGCUAAAAUGGUUGUGGAGUAAAUUGAAAUCAGAAUUCGGCUGUGACUAUCUUUGCAUAAAUCCUCUUUGCCAGGAUUGUUUGGAGAAUUUUUUUGCGAAAAUAAGAAGGAGAUGUGGCUUCAAUGAUGCUCCAAACGCUUUCCAGUUUGGAUGCGCUUUCAAAUAUGCCAUGAUAUCCGUCGCACAUCAAAAUUUUGAUGACGGGACAAACUGCCAGAAGGAUAACGCCAAGCUUUUUCUUAGUGAGAAAGAAAUAGAUAAAGCAUCUGUUACGGCUAAGGUUCCUAAAGCGCAUAUAUAUACAUUUGAACAGUUCCAUCCAGAUGAGACGGUUGAGGUUCUUAAAAAAGAGCUUAACGCUUUGGUAUAUAUAAUAGGAGCAGCCGUUAGGAAGCUCCCUCACAAGAAGUGCCGUUCCAAGCUCGUUGUGGAAAACGAGAAAGAAUACAUGGAAAAUGAAGACUACGGAUUUUGCAAAUUGAAAGCAUCACUAUCGAAACGUAAAGUUACGAUUCCAAACAAUACCCUGUACAACAUAGGAUUGCUGGCUUUCUGCGCCUAUAAGACAAAGUUUCGAAAGUAUUUGUACGAGAACCGAAGAUUUGUCAAGAAAAGACUCAGGAUGUACGUUGACUUUAAUUCAUAUGAUCACGCAGCUUGUAAAUCUUGUUUCGACAAACUACUCGAUGCAAUUUUCAAUACAUUGAUACAAAGCUUCCUUCGGGAUAUUCGUCUACAAAACAAAAUUGCCAGUAACAACAAACGUAGGCGUAAGAAGAGAAACCGCGAAGCGUUCCGGAUGAAUUUGCCAGAUAACAGGUAAAUUAGCAGUUAUUACCGGUGGAUGGAUUACCGUCGUAUUCUGAAUGUGCGGAAUGGUGACCCAAUGCCACCCAGC